AUGGGAGUAAACGUUGAAGUUAUUUCACCCGGAGAUGAAUCAACAUACCCAAAGUCUGGCCAGACUGUGGUAGUCCACUACACUGGCACUCUGUCCAACGGCAAGAAGUUUGACUCAUCUCGCGAUAGAGGAAAGCCCUUCAAGUUCAGAAUUGGAAAGGGAGAAGUCAUCAAAGGCUGGGAUGAGGGUGUAGCUAAGAUGUCAGUUGGUGAACGUGCUAAGUUGACAUGUUCCCCAGACUACGCAUACGGCCAACAAGGUCACCCUGGGGUCAUCCCGCCUAACUCUACUCUCAUCUUUGAUGUUGAGUUGCUCCGCCUUGAGUAA